CCACAGAAUAUCAUGCGCUCAAUCCGUCACCCUCUGCUGCAGUCUGCGCUGAUCCGACUGGUCAGCAUAACUGACCUGGCCUGCCGAAGAACUGGCGGGUGAAAGUGAGUGGAUCUAAGCUGGACUCUCGGAGGGUGGUCAGCUGGGAGGAGACUUGCCCCCCUCUCCGGCGCAGCUCACUGCGGCUCCCACGCUGCGCAGCGGACCUUUUCCUGUCUUUGAGAUCCGUCGCUCCAGACGCGGUCUAUCCUGCCUGCCCGCCUGUCUCUUAUCUCCGCUCUCUGGACGUGAUGUGCGCUGCGGACAUGACUGCCUUCAGCCGGACUCUCGCUCUUCUGACGACUCUGCUGUGGGUUAGGGCUGAAGCCCGCCUCGAGCCCUUCGACCUGCUCUAUGAUAACGGUGUCGAGGCUUUCUAUAGCAGCGAUUACGAGCGAGUCGUAUUUUACAUGGAGAAGGCGUUGAGUAGCUACUGGGAGCUACGGAGAAGUCGCGUGGGCUGCACCCUGAGCUGUGAGGACCAGUACCCCUUCUCGAACACCACCUCGGAUCUGCCCUUCUUCGAUGUGGUACUUCGGAGGGCAGCGUGCUUAAAUGAAUGCCUGGACAGGAGGGUGGGAGCGCAGUCUGUGCACCGGGUCAGCGAGGAUGUCAUCCAGGACUUCAACAGGAGGACCCCCUACAACUUCCUGCAGCUCGCCUACUAUAAGUUAAACCAGAUGGACAAGGCAGCUGCUGCUGCUCACACUUUCUUCGUGGCGAACCCAGAGCACAUGGAAAUGAGGCAGAACCUGGAACGGUACAAGCUGCUAGACGGUGUAGAAGAAAGCCACUUCUUGGACAGAGAGGCUCGGCCGCACCAACAAGCGUUCAGCACUGGGGUGAAACACUAUGACAAUGAAAACUAUGAAAUGGCCAUCAAGUCGUUUGAAGAAGCCCUGGUCGAGUACUUCAAGGCGGACGUGGAGUGCCGGGCUCUGUGUGAAGGCCCCCAGAAAUUUGAAGACCAUGCGUAUCUGGAGUAUCAGCCGCACCUACACAAGGCCAUUUCAGAUCACUACACGCAGGUUUUAGCUUGCAAGCACGAGUGUGUGAGAGACCUCGCCACCAGGCCUGGGCGUCUUUCUCCCAUGGAGAACUACCUCCCUCUGCACUAUGACUACCUGCAGUUUGCCUACUUUAAAGCUGGAAAGAUGGACAAGGCUCUUGAAUGUGCUGUUUCUUACUUGCUUUUUCAUGAAGGAGAUGAAUUUCUUUCGGAAAAUGUGGAUUUCUACAGAAGAAGUCUGACGGAAGAGGGCAUAUCAGAUGAAUUUAUGCCACGGCAGGACGUGGAGCGCUAUGUGAGGAGGCACAAGAAGGAAGUGGCACUGCUCCACCUAGGAAGUGAGAUCAUGGAACUGGAUUUCACUGAAUCGAAUUACUGGAGUUCCAGUGGUGGACGGGAGGAUGUCAAUAGGGUACCAUCGAGCACCGAUGGAGAGCUGGAGUAUUUUCCCAUCUCGGAAAAAAGGAACAAUUCUUUACUCCCAGAUCGAGAGCUGAGAGAAGGUGGACCUCUAGUCUACAACAACGUACAACUGAUCCUAAACUCAGAAGCACUCAAUGGCACUCAGAGGGCUUUAUUUGAAAAAGUCAUAACGAAGCAGGAAUGUGAAGCUCUCCAAGACGUGGCCAAUACAAUCUCCAUUGCUGGAGACGGUUACAGGGGGAGAAUGUCACCACACACACCCAAUGAAAAGUUUGAAGGUGCCACCGUAAUGAAAGCCCUGCAGUAUGGCUUUGAGGGACGGAUUCCUUUAACAAGUGCCCAGCUCUUCUAUGAAGCCAGUGAGAAAGCAAGGAGAAUUGUUGAGUCCUACUUCAUGCUGAGUUCCCCGCUAUACUUCUCAUACACUCAUCUAGUGUGCCGCACUGCGCUUACAGGUCAGCAAGACCAUCGAAAUGAUCUGAGCCAUCCAAUUCAUGCAGACAACUGUCUUCUGGACCCCGAAGCCAAUGAAUGCUGGAAGGAGCCUCCUGCUUACACAUACAGAGAUUACAGUGCCCUUUUGUAUCUUAAUGGAGAUUUUGAUGGGGGAGAGUUCAUCUUUACUGAAAUGGAUGCCAAGACAGUUACGGCUUCAGUUAAACCCACCUGUGGUCGCAUGGUGAGCUUCUCUUCUGGUGGGGAGAAUCCUCAUGGAGUUAAAGCCGUGACAAAGGGACAACGGUGUGCUGUAGCUCUUUGGUUCACUUUGGAUCCUCUCUUCAGGGAAUUGGAGAGGCUACAGGCAGAUGAAGUUAUCGAUUCCCUGCAGAGCAAGCAGCACUGGGACUUGGACAACCUGAUAAACCCCAAAGAUGAACUGUAGGAAUCUCAACAGUGAUAUCUUAUUUAUUUAAUGACAUUAAUCUUCAACAGAAUGUUUUAUUUUUUUACUUCUUUGGACCAGAUGUUUGCUGCCAAUGAACGAGUGUGAAACUUGGAGCACUGCUUGAGUUUGCUUGGUGUAUGCUUGGUUGUGUGGUCUUAUUAUUUUAUGUGCUGUAGCAGAUGAUUGCAUUCAGGGUUCUUUACAUUUUGUUACUAAAUUGAUUUGUCUUAGUUUUUUAAAAGCCAAGUGUAUGUGUGCCUAUCUGUGUGUGUCUUUAUUCUCUGAACUCCGUUCAAGUAUUGCUUUCCAUCUUUUUCCCAGAAUUAAGUCUGAGCAGUCACAGAGAGAGACAAACAGUGUUGUUUAUUAACCUAGAAUUCAGAACUGCUCCUUGACUAAGAAGUAAGGAUCAUCAUCUCACUUUUCAGGAGAAAUAUCAAGGAGAAAAGGAAAAUUAUAGAUGUUGUACUCCGGAAUUGUUGCUUUGACACAGAACCGGUCACUUGCGAAUCACUGCUUCAGAUUAUAAAAUCACUAGUCAUGGCUCUGUUAGUGGAAUCUUGACCUUUUUACUAACCAUGACAUGGAUGGCAUUUGAUGAAUUUUGGGAACGCUGCACAUAAGCUACUAGGGAACCGAGACGGAGAUUCCAGACUCAGACAUACCAGAGGGUGCUACAGAACUGGCAUCAUGCAAGCUGAGCUACUGCAGCUGUGAGCUCGGAAAAGCCAGGCAUGUUCUGAUAGCUGUCUUUACAGCUUAACCUCUAAAAAACAUUUAUGGAAGAGUGCAGGGAUGUGCUUAGGGAAUUAUGUUAGUGUAAGUCUUUAUCCCAGGCAGACAUUCCUUACAUAUAAUGUGUUUCUAUGCAAUUAUUUAUUUUCUGUAAUGAAGGUAGCUCAGAAUUGACCAGCAGUUAAUUAUGUACUUUCUCAGAGUCCUUUAAAACACAAACAGAUGCACCAAUUUUUCAAAAUGAUAAUUUACAAUUCUUGUACAGAAAAAGUUAAGGGAUCCUGUUGAUUAGACAUUAAACAAAAAAUAUUACAGAACGAUCACAUAUCACAUUGAAGUGCACAUUCUGUGCUUUAGGUUGAAGUCUAAGAGCAUGAAACUUGCCAUUUCUAAUCACAAAUGAAUUCAAUGACUUUGAUUUAGAUUUUUUUUCUUUGCCUUUUCCUGAUAUUUAAAGCCUUGAAAUGUUGACAACCAGAGAAACUUCAUUUAUUUUAUUUCAAAAGAGUUCUUGCAGAUUUUAUUAUUUCAGAAACUUAAGAUAGUAGGUUAAAAAAAACCUGUCAUUGCUUCCUCAUGGUGAGGAGUUACUAUAUUUGAGCAUUCAAAACAGCAAAAACAAGAAAUGAAAAACUUUCUGAUAACAUAGUUGCUUCCAGACAUGAGGGCACCAUUUGCAUGAAAACUGGCAAGGGAGGCCAAUGUGAAUAGCUAUGCAAAUGUUUAGGUGUGCAUAUUUGUCACUCUCACAAUCACCACUAGAGGGCUCACUUUAAAAAAAAAAGAAGAAAACCAGAGUUUUAAGAUUUUGGACUAUGGCUACAGCCAGUGCCAGUGCCAGUGCCAGGUUAUUUUGUGCCCUAGGCCAAGUUCAUUAGUGCACCAACCGAAUGUUCGAUAGCUAACCUGUGCUGCUGGAUUUUCUUUCCCGCAUUAUAAUCAGUGAAUGCCUAAUUUGCCUUAAUGGUGGUGCCAGCCCUGGCUACAGCACACCAAAAAUGUCUAGACUACAUGCUAUUUGAACAAUCAGCUGUUAUCCUGAUACAGCUGGUAAAUCUUGUCUGACAUUUCCAUGGAACAUGUUGGCCAUACAGAUGUGACCAUGGCAUAAUUCUGUCAACAACUGCUGUCAGAAAGAUUUUACUCUAAUUGGAAAGUUUAUGGUAAGCCCAGAGAAACGACCAUAUGGCAAACCAUCGCACUGCCUACAGCAACACUUUGUACUGCACAGACAUGUACUACUCACCAUUGAUCACCGGGCAGCUUCUAGGAUGAUGAGCCUAAGGUGAAACUGACAUUAUUCUUUAUUUAAAACAGCUAGUGCUUAGUACUUAAUGCAAAAGAGUAUUUUUGAACUGGUGUCAUGCUGUAGCAGUUUGGACUGCCCUCAGAUUCUCUUCAGUGGCAAGUUCCACAAAUCCCUUUGUGCUGAUAGGCACAGAAGUAUCACUGGAAGAGUACACACAAUCAGCAAUGUUGUUGGCAACUUAUCUAUAGUGAUUAGCUGAAGAUCCACUAAUUCACUCUGUGACUCAACAUGGCAAACCUGCCUUGUGACAUUUUCAAAAAGGACAGUAAUCCCUACUCAAUCAUUAUAGAGCUGCAUUCUCUUUGGAAUGCCUGCAUGAUUUCAUUACUUUGUUCUGGUUUUGUGAUUGUUUUUCUAAGCACUUUUAUCUUCAACAGUUUUCAUGCAGACUGAAUCAAUGAAUCUGGGUGUAAGCAUUGUUUUGGGGUUAAAUGAAUUAAAAAAAGAAAGAA